GGAGCACAGAUAUUUCCGGUACUCAAUGCGUGACAGUUAGUGUCUUCUGGCUACUGGAUUGUGUGACUACUUUCAGCAUUUUGGAGGUUGAAGAUUACCUCUAUACAUUUGAACAACCAAAUGUGGAACAUGGAAGGGAUGCUGACAGUACUGAAGACGAAGAUGAUGACUACGUUCCAGAAAGUGAUUAUAGUAGUAGCGAAGACGACAUGACAAAUACAAGAAAGUUACAUACAUGUAUUGAGAACUUGGAGAGAAAAGUAACAGCAAAUGGGGAACGAACUGGUCCAGUGAAGGAAAAUGAUAAUACUGACCUUCUGGAGAAGACACCAGAUCUAGAAACAGCGUCAAGCGAGGAUACAUCAAGUAUAUCGACAGUCUAUCCAUCAACCACCACUCCCCAAGUUAUCAUUCAAGAACGCUUCAGUAAAUGCCAAGUUAAACAGCAGAAGUACUUUUUAUGUUUAUAUUGUGAAACAUUAGUGACCAAGUUACCUCGUCAUCUGGAAAGAAGGCAUCCAUUUGAGGACAAGGUAAAGGAAGCUUUGCAACUACCAAAGGGUUUUAAUGAACGGAGACUUGCGUGGCUGGCAAUUCAACAGGAAGGCAAUUAUAAUCACAAUUAUAAUGUUCUGUCAAAAGGAAGUGGUCUGCUCAUUCCGAAGUAUCGUGCAAGAGAACACCAACAUAAAUCAGUUGAGGACUAUGUACCUUGUGACAUCUGUUUCGGACUAUAUGUAAAAAAAGAUCUUUGGAAACAUCACAUGAAAUGUAGAAUAUCCAGAAUGGAUACAGGCACUAGUACUUCAACUUCAAAGAAACAGAAACCUGUUGCAAAUGGCAAACUAUUGUUGCCAAAGAAAGCGGAGACAGAUGUGAAUGAUAACAUUUUGUUAAAAAUGAGAAAUGAUGAAGUAAAGUCUGUAAUUCUGAAAGAUACUACACUACUUAACUUUGCAUGUAGGAUGUAUGAACAAAAUGGACAUCUGCAACACCGCCACCAGUAUUUAGCACAGAGGCUAAGAGAGUUAGGUAGGAUGUUAUUGGCUAUACAAGAGAAAAGUCCAUCUGUUGACACUAUUGAGAAGUGUUUGGAUCCUUCAAACUGGGAGGAAGUUAUUGUUGCUGUAAGAUCUGUAGCUGGCUUUAACUCCAAAACAAACCAAUACACAAUACCUACCCUUCCAUUACGAGUGGGACAGAGUCUGGUAAAAUGUGCAAAACUCUUGAAAACCAAAAGCAUUGUGAUCAGCAAUGCAGAAUUGCGCAAGAAAAUGGAAGGGUUUGUCGAACUGUACGAAAGUGAAUGGGGAGUGAGAAUUGCAGCAAAAUGCCGCAACACCCUGCAUGUGGCAAAGUUUAACAAACCACAGCUUCUUCCUGUUACCAAGGAUGUGCAGAAACUACACAACUACUUAAAGCAGGAAUCUGAGAAGCUCCGCAAGGAUUGUCAGAUGGAUGAUUACAGGAGAUUUGCAGAGAUCUGUUUAGCCCAAAUCAUCUUAUUCAACAGAAAAAGAAGUGGGGAAGCAGAAAGAAUCCAUAUCAAGGAUUUCCAAGGUUUACUAAUUGACACCCAAGUAGAUGAAGAUAUUUACAGCUCUUUGACACAACUGGAAAAGGAAAUAAUCAAGUCACACAAGAGGAUAGAAAUUGUCGGGAAGAGAGGAAGUAAGGUUCCUGUGAUUCUGACUGAUGACAUGAUACAGAACCUGAACUGUCUUCUUAAGAUAAGAGAAGGAAUGAGUAUUUCUUCAGACUUCCUGUUUGGGAAAUGCAAUUCACUGUUCCCCAUUAGAGGGUCGGAUGCAUUAAGAAACCUUGCAGUCGAAAGUGGAGCAUCAAAUCCAUCAUUACUCACUUCCACCAAACUAAGGAAACAACUGGCAACAGUUUCGCAACUGUUGGGGUUAAAUGAGCAUGGACAGGAUGCCCUCGCAAAGUUCAUGGGUCAUGACAUUAGGGUUCAUAGAAGUUACUAUGAACUUCCAGAAAACACUAUGCAGUUGGCAAGGAUGUCCCGAGUCCUGCAUGCUGUCAAUGAAGGAAAAGCAAAAAAAGUUCAAAAUCUGGAUAACAUCAUUGUUACUGAAGAAGGUAAGAUUUGUUUGCUAAAAACAGGGUAAUAUACAUGCAAGUAUUAUGUGCAAUUAAGUUCUGAUCAACUUUGCUUCUUAAUAUUGUACAAAAUUAUUUGCCAGUUAAUAGUUCUGACUAACUUUCCUUCAUAUAAGAAAUAGAAACUUUGACCUUGGCCUUUUACCUAGUGACCUUGACCUUUGAUCCUUCACUUCUUGAUUCUGAUCAACUUUGCUUCUUUAUGUCAUAUAAAAAAUC